AUGACAAAACGACCACGAUUGGACUCUGGAAACGAGGACAACGACCCGGAGGAUAAUACAACAGCCGUUGGAUCCAUUACCAAGGCCUUUGAUUUAUUCAAGGUGCACUACUACAAAACCCAGGUCGAUGUGGUCCGAAAACAACACAUUACGGUGGCCCAAUACAAGCCUGCAGACACGGACACGGACAAAUUCUACGUCACCUGCCUUCCCUAUCAAUUUAUCGAGUUUUGGCUCUGCAAUAAAACUGGCACUGAGUUUCGCGAACCGUACUCAUUCAUGGCAAGGGGCCAUGAUUAUUGUGUGUUUGAGUCUGGCCAUAUUCGUCUCAGUCACUUCGUUCCUCUGCAACAUGCUCUACGACGUACGGAUCAGACGGAUACGCCAGCGCUCAAUACCACUCCAUACGCCUACAUCAGCAAGGACAACCUUGGAAUUCUCAGUUCCGUCAAGGCCAAGAAGGCCAUAACACACGCGGAUAUGGUGGCUCAGCAAGUGAAAAUCGCCUCCAGCGAAUUCUGGGGUGAAACCAACGAUGAGGGAUUACUGGCCCUGGAUGAAACCAAGACAAUGACCAACGGGGACUCCUUCGACUAUUACUUUGACAUGAAUAGCUGCUUUGAUCAUCGAUUCAAGCAGGCAGCACCCCGGUAUAACAAGGACGCAUUGCAGUACUUACCCCUGGCCUAUUCACAUGAUGCUACGGAUGGGAAAUCUCUAUUUUUGUCACUGAUUGUUGACAAUUACAUUUAUGGGACUGUACAAAGGAGCGGAGAUCACUCCCAAUUCUUUCUCAUGAAUUUGCUAAAUAAAGUCGUGGCAUUAAUGGAAGAGCCACGAAUUACCCCCGGCACUGUCAACGAUUUCAAGGAACUUUUGGGUCAAAAACCCUUUGACGUUCACGUAAAACAUUCCAAAGACGAGCGGUUAUACCGACUCCCCGUGUUAAUUUCUUCAAACACAGACAUUGCAAUGUACUGCUUGACUGAAGACGCCAAGGCGAUUCGGGCUCGUUGUUACAUUUAUAACCUCACCGAAUCUGCCUGA